GAACUUUUGGACUGAAAGAGUAAGGCUUCUCUCCAGUACUCUUCACUUAGCUGGUUAACAAUCUGUUUUUCUCUUGUUCGCAAUGCAUCUUUACGGAGCUCUGAUGCUGUUUAUGACUCUGUCUACAGCAUCUGGAUUAAGAUGCUACACAUGCACUGCCACCAACCCUAAAUCCUGCAUAGACACCAAAUCUUGUCCUGUCAUCUUCAACCGUUGUUUCUCUCUCAGAGUUGACGGUUAUGACAUGAUUACCAAGGGCUGCCAAACCAGCAUAGCAUGUGGUGGUGCCAUAGCUUGCUGUGAAGGGGACUUGUGUAACAGUGCCAUAUCAUAUGGUUACAGUGUUAUCCUGCUGCUGGGAUCCUCAGCCAUCAUCACACUGUUUCUUUGAGGCUCUGGAAUACUGUUAUUUUCUGGGGGUUUUCUCUGACCCAAUCUGUACAACUGAAUAAGAAUAAAUAACAUUUAAAUGAA